AUGGAUUUCUCUCAGCAGCUCCACGAUUGGCGCUCGCCCAACCACUUCAUCAAUUGCGAUAUCUGCCGCGAAUUCCGCGAGCAGAUGAUCGAGGAAGCCGAAGUUGAUGCACAAAUCAACGCCAUCGCCGACGCUGCAGAUGUCGGCGCCCCCACCACUGCCGUCCCUUUCCACCAAACCUGCGUCGUUGGACACUAUCGUGUCCGCCACCCCGUCACCUUUCAACUACCCCCCACGACAGUACCUGCUGCUUCUCUCGAACCGCCGACCCCUCCGUACCGAAAGCGAGGCACCUCCUCAGGACAACCGGCCAACACGCCACGAAUUUCAGUCACGACUCCACCCCUCUUCGAAACCCCAGCACGUAUCGUAAACCUAGACCCAGAGACGCGACGCCGUCUCCUGCGCCCAAUCCCGCCUGCCGGUCUCCGCAUGAGCGAGACGGUAGUUGGACCCCAGGCAAUCAGACCCGAGGUCGCAAACAGGGACCCCUCCUCGCUACCGAUACCUGGAGCUUGGCCGUACCAGCCGGACGAGCAGGUCGCCCCUGUAGUGGCAGCAGGUAACGACAUAAUGGCCAUACCUCUACGCUUCGGCGCCAAUAUCUGGGGCGCCGUUACCUAUAUUCGUGAUUCGUCUUACGGCCUCUGCGCCGCCCUGGGAAACAGAGUAUUCCGCAGCAACCGCCGGACCCCUGCUCCGAUCCCGCCACCUCCUGCUGAAGAUGAGGAGGAACCGACCCCCAAACGCCGCAAGUUCGAUACUGAAUCGAACCGCGAAGCGGCUGCGUCCCCGCCCUCACCCUCGCCCGCGCAAAGCAGUGGCGAUUCCAUGGACAUUGAUAGCCCCGAUGGUCGACUCAGGUCGUCGCCGCCCGAAUCUCCUAUUCUUUCCCCGAACUCGGCCGCCGCCGUCUCAGCAGCAGGUGCAGCAGCCGCUAGAAGAGCUGCAAAGCUAUUUCCCAAAGGCAAGAAGAAGACCCGAAAGUCGAGUUGGACUCCUGUCGCCACGCCUCCACCUGAACCCGAGCAGACGGCAAAGAAGCCAGAGAAAGAGUGGAGGCCUCUGCCUCCGCCGAAAUACGCGAGCAUCCAGGAAUUUUUCGACCACGAGGAUGAACAUUCGCUACCUGGCUUAGAGGGCUUCCGCUUGGCACCCAGUCAUGCCAAAAUCCAGGAACUGAAUUCCCAGCGGGAGGAACGCAUUCGUCUAGAAGAGGAAAAAGCCGAGCAGGAACGCCAGGAACGCCUGCGAAUCGAACGAGAACAUCUAAACGAGACGCUUCGCCCUCUUGGUUUACGCAAGGCUAAUGCCGCUCUUAUCACUCCACUAGAAAGCGAGUGGGAGCAGAAAGCCCUAGAGGCGCCAACCGACGGCUACGCCGAGCAAAAUAAAUGGCAAGGGGCUGCCCACCGGGAUGGCGUGGAGCUUACGCCCCAUGAUUUCUCUAGAUUAGUGCCUCCGACGGCGUGGCUAAACGACAACGCGAUCCAAGCGUCGCUGGUCCACCUCGCCACGUACGUCAACGACGCGGCAGGCGUCCUCCCCAAGAGGACCACUCCGAAAUGUGUUGCCCUGUCGUCACAAUACUGGUCGAACUACUGCAGCGACCCGAGAAAUAACCUAUACCCCCGAGGAUUGGCGCGAAACUGGGGCAUGACACCGGCCAACUUCCUCGACAUCGACACGGUUCUUCUUCCUGUGAACGAGCACAGCCAUUGGACCGUGAUCGUUAUCCGCCCUACACGCCGAACAGUCGCCUACGUCGACUCUUUUCAUGGAAGCGAAACACGCCAUCUUCAGCUGGCUCAUGCCUGGAUGGAGCGCUUCUUGCAGAAUAAGUAUAAUGCUAGUGAGUGGAGCACUACGCAUUAUACAGUGCCAUCUCAGACAAACGGCUAUGACUGUGGCAUGUUCGUAAUUACCAAUUCGAUCUAUCUAUCGCUCGGCAUCGAUCCCAGCGACUACUCACAGAGUGAUUUGCCCCUGCAAAGGCGCAGGAUCGCCGCGAUGCUUCUAAAUGGGGGCUUCACGGGGCCAUUCGACUUGUCACAUCUGUAA